CUCCGGCUUUUUUCCCCUUCAAUCACGCAGCCUCUCCCGCACUACGUGCUCCCCUCAACGCAGCGCUUCUUUCCCUUUUCCCCUUUCUUCUUCUCCUUCUGCUUCCUGGCACGAUUUCUUCAUACCACUCUCUCUUUCUUAUCACUCUGUCUCUUUCCCUCCCUGGCUACAGUACCGUUUCAUUUCCCCCUUCCCUCUUGGCUUUAUAUACCUCACCAGCUCACCUCCUUCUUCUUCUUCUACAAACAAUUUAAGCCAUUGGGACUCGGAGCAAUUGUCCUCACUUGACUGCUUAGUCAGACAACGCCGUCGUUGUGCUAGCAUUAGGAAGCAAGAGGGGCAGCCACUCUGAACGCGUCCUGCCUUUACGUCUUCUGCUCGUUUGUCGAUGGGGCAGCUGGGUUUUGAAGCGUAGAAGGGUUUCUCGCUUGGGAGAUAGAGAGAAUCAGGUUAGUCUCUUUGAUUCUUUACUGCCCAGAAGUCUAGAACCCCCCAAUUGGCUCUGUUUUCUGGUUCUGCUUGUUGGGUUUGGGAAUCAGGGGAGGGUUUUAGGUGAAAGGAAUCCCUUUUGGCCGAGGUGAAUCUGUGGGGAGAUUAAAAUAGUAGUUUUUCCUUAGUUUCUGCUUGAUGCGUUUCAUCCGGGAACCAAACAAGGGGAAUUCACGGGAAAUGAUAAUCUUUUCCCCUUUUUGGAUGUACUUAAAGAAUUGGGUGUCGAUUACUUUUAUGGGCUGUGAAUUUAUAUUAUUACUUUGUUUGGGAUGGAGGAGUAUAGUUGAAGAAUGCAGAUGGAAUUUACUAAUUUAGGUCUCUUGAGGAGGAGCAUAAUGCAGUUGUUGGGAGUGUUUGGUGUGAUUCUCUCUCUUUCCCCUCUAAAUGUUUAUAUUUCUCCAUUCUCUGAGCAGUUUCAGAAGCUUGUCUAAUGGCUGAAAGUAGGUGAGACUGUUCAUUGCGGCUCUAGCAGAGAGAGAAAGGGCUUGUUUGAAGAAGUACUUCUCUUCCAUGGUUACCAUGACCGCAUCCUCGGUCUCUAGAGAGGCUUCAAAUUAUGAUGAGGUCUCUAUGCAGCAGAGCUUGCUCUUCGCAGAUAGUCUCAAGGAUUUGAAGAAUUUAAGAACACAGUUGUACUCAGCUGCAGAGUACUUUGAGCUAUCCUAUACGAAUGAUGACCAGAAGCAAAUAGUGGUGGAAACGUUAAAGGAUUAUGCAAUCAAAGCUCUUGUGAAUACAGUGGAUCAUUUGGGUUCAGUGACGUAUAAGGUUAAUGAUCUCUUGGAUGAAAAAGUAGAUGAAGUUACUGGAACAGAGUUUAGAGUGUCCUGUCUUGAACAGAGAUUAAGGACUUGCCAAGAGUAUAUUGAUCAUGAAGGCAUUUCUCAACAGUCACUGGUGAUAAAUACGCCAAAGUACCACAAGCGGUACAUUCUGCCCGUUGGGGAGACAAUGCAAGGUUCCAUCCGCACCAAAGCAAAAUACCAAGGAUGCAGUCUUGAUGAUGAAGAUGAUUGGCGCCAAUUUAGAAGUGCUGUUCGAGCUACCAUUAAGGAAACACCACCAGCUUCAGUAAGCAAAGCUAGCACACCAUCGCCAUCUCCUCGAAUUCCUCAGCGAUCUUCAACCUUUUCCUUUACUGGCACGGCGUCGAAGAAAGAACUAGAUAAGCGAACUGUUUCACCACACCGGUUCCCCCUUCUGCGUUCUGGGUCUGUGUCAAGUAGACCAACGACACCAGGAGCAAGUAGACCUACUACACCAAGUGCUGCUUCCGCAGCAAGACGACGGUACCCAUCAGAGCCACGGAAAUCAUUGUCGAUGCGAGUCCCAGCCGAGAAGGAGAACUCUAAAGACAUUGAACAAUACCCAAGCAAAAGCAAACGCAUCCUCAAGGCUUUGCUUAGCCGGCGGAAAUCGAAGAAAGACGAGAUGCUUUAUACAUACUUGGAUGAAUAUUGAUGGGAAUACAAAGAAAAUACCGUUGAUGAUCAAACGAAUGAAUCCAACCCUGCAACAUGAUUUUUUUUUUCCUUCUCUCCAGCUUCAAGUAAUUACAGUGUCAAUGCCUAUUUUACAUCUUAUAGCUUUUUUCUUUCUUUCCCUAAUGUAAUAUAGAAUCAGCCUGUUUCUGCAACUUGCUUUGCUUCCAUGGUUGAACUUGAACCCUCGUUUCUAAUUCAAAAA